UCAGAGAUCCCAAACCCGCAGCAAAUCGGAAACGCCGCGACGUUCCCCGGUCGACGAUUUUCUGACAUUUACGACGGCGACAUACGGAAGACUCCGACCAUGGAGCUUCCCCAUCGAUCGUUCCGAAGAACCGGCCCGUCAGCCUUUGUUCUCCAACUUCGUGGUCUCUUCGAUCAUGACGAGCUUUGGCAGCAUUGUGUUCUAAGACACGCGAUCCACGACAGCUCUCCUCAUAGCCAUGAUCGCCCCUCCGAAGCUCCAUUCCAGAAGAUCUCUGGUUCCUCUUCCAAUCCCCUGGUCGCUGGAAAAUUCUACGACUGAGCUGUUCAGGUUGUCGUGAUUACGGGCUGCAUUCUGUGCACUUGUGAGGGUCACAAGUAAGGUUGAGUUUGGAUCGGGACCACAAAUAUGGGUGAAAUCGAUACCAAACCAAUUGAGUCAGUCCAAGCUGCACUUUCCUUGUUUGGCGAGAAAGGAGAUCAGAAGAAAUACCGGACGAGCAGCAGUGAGGGAGAAAGCGAGAAGGAUGAGCUUCAGGUGCUGCAGAAGGAGUUGGCCAACUACAAGGUGCAACUCGAAGCAAAGGACUCUGCUCACAUGCAAGUCCUUUUGAAGCUAAAUCAGUAUGAGGAGCGAACAAAUGAACUUUCCUUGAUGCUGAUGAAGUCUGAGCUCGAGAGGGAUCACCACAUCGAGGAGUGUAGAGAAGCUGGAAACCGUGCUGAUGAGCUUGAGUCCAAAUUGAAGGAGAUGGCUAAUCAUGUGUCGGAAACAGAGAAAAUCCGUGAGCAGCUCUCGCAUGUUAUGAACGAGCUGAAAGCUACACAAGCGGAGCUUCUUGACCGGGAGAGUGAACUUGCCAGUGCAAGAGAGAUGGAACUUAAGGCUCUGACACAGACAGAAAUGAUGGAGAUGUCCGCUGCUAUGGAGAGAGAGAAGAUGGAAGAGCUGUUAAAGCAAGCAGAGGAGCUCGGCGAAGGUAUCCUUGUGUUGAAGGCAGCUGCAGUGGAGGCUGAGAAAGAGAAAAGUUUGAUAUUGGCGGAGAAGGAUGCUGAGAUUGAGCAAGCCACAGAGGCAUCAGUUCAAGUGCUAGAGCAGUUAGAAGAUAUGAAGAAACGGGUUGAACUGAUGGAAGAAUUAGAGAACCAGCUCCAGGCCAAGUCGGCGUUCAUCGAGUCAUUGCAGAGAGAACUUCAGGAAGCAAACGAGCUGCUCAGCUCAUCUGAAAAAGCCGCUUCUGAGACCCUGGUGAGUUUGGAAAAUUUGAGGGCAGACUUGGGAGUUAAGGAAAGGAAUGUCUCGGAUUUAACUGUCUACAUCGAAGUGAUGGAAAUGGAACGGAGCCGGUUAAAGGUAGAACUUAGCAACAAAAAUGAAAAUAUCAACCACUUGAACGGCGACAUUGAAGUGCUUGUGAAUCACUUGGAGGAAGCAAAAGCCGAGUUAGCUGAGAUCAAGGAAAAGGAGAGCGAUGCUCAAGUAGAAAUAGCUUUGCUGAAGGCUGAGCUUCAUAAGGCAAGAUCGAGACUAGCAGCAGCUGAGGCAGCUGAAGCGAGGGCUAACAGCAUGAAGUCGGGACUCUACCUUGCUGUUCAACAGCUCGCGGUUGAAGCGGGAGAGGCCAAGAAGGAGAACCAGAGGCUAAGAGUGGGAGCUGAUAACAUCGAGGAUGAAGCUGAAGCUGAAGACAAAGGCGACUUCCCUUUCGGCGGCGACCCCCAGAUCCAAACCUCAUCUUCUAAUGAAGGACACCACGCAAAAACCAAGUCUAAUAUAACAAUCCUGUUGGAGGAAUACGAAUCUCUUAUUCGGAAGACUGAGAUGGCUGAUCAGCUAUCAAGAGCGGAAGAUCCCAAUCAACACCCUAUAUCUGAAAACAAGGACGAAGUCGAAGCACUGAAGAAAGAGCUCGAAGCAGCAAUGGUGAAGACCGGGGAGUUUAGGACUCGGGCUGAGCAGGCAAUGAGCAGGGCGGAGUCGGCGGAGAAAGCUAAGUGGGCUCUUGAAGAUCAGCUGAGGAAAUGGCGGGAGCAGAAGCAGAGAAGGAAGAUGGCUUUAGCCGUCCUUCGGGACGAAUCCCAACCCCCGAAGUUCAAUCCUCCCCCUGCAUACGAUGAGACCGUAUCGACACGUCCUCCACUCGGCAAGUUUCUUAACAUGAAAUUCUAGAUCCGAGUUGUAACAAAAACAAAAAUGGACAUCAGUUCCGAAUAAAGUUGGGGACUUCGAUUAAA